GAAAUGUGUCCCCGCAGAGCUGUAUCCACAUGCGACGAUCAACAAAGUGGGACUUUGCUGUGAAGUGUUUGUGAUCUUUCAACAGUGGCGCUCAUCCCAAAAAUUAAAGUGUUAUCACAGCCACGACAAUGCGCCUGUCGUUAGUUUGCCUCGCUAAGCCCAUACUUCAUGGAUACUUCAGAAGCUCCUGCUCCUGGAGGGUUCGCAUUGCCUUUGCUCUGAAAGGUGUUGACUAUGACCAGGUUCCAGUCAAUCUGAUCAAAGAUGGAGGGCAGCAGCUUACAGAGGACUACAAAGCACUAAACUCCAUGCAACAAGUGCCUGCAGUGGAGAUUGAUGGCAUCACUCUCUCUCAGUCAUUGGCAGUGAUCCAGUACAUCGACGAGACCAGACCAGGACCUCCUCUUCUUCCAGCAGACCCAAAGGCACGCGCCCAGGUCAGGAUGAUAAGUGACCUCAUUGCCUCGGGUAUACAGCCCCUGCAGAAUUUGUAUGUAAUCCAGAAAAUAGGAGCAGAGAAGAUGCAGUGGGCUCAGCACUUCAUUGACCGUGGUUUUCAAGCUCUCGAGCCAAUUCUUAAGCGAACGGCAGGGAAAUACUGUGUAGGUGAUGAGAUUUCCAUGGCAGACAUCUGUCUGGUCCCACAAGUCUACAAUGCAGAGAGGUUCAAAGUGGACGUUGGGAAGUAUCCAACCAUCAAAAGGUUAAAUGAAGCCUUACUUGAGAUUGAAGCUUUCCAAGUGAGCCACCCAUCACGCCAACCAGAUACACCUGUUGAUCUGCGUGCUUAAAAUAACAUCAGUUUCUUUGUACACUGUUAAAUAAAAUGCUUCAAAAGCCA